ACUCUCCAUCUCUAGUUGUUGCAUUGCUUUAAAAUCCAGCCCUCCCCCAUCCGCCUCUUCCUCUUCUCUCCACCUUAAGUAGCCACCUCUCCUCCUCCUCCCUUCUCUUAUUAAAGCUCUAAACUUUUCCGGGUCCUGUGCUUCUUUUUCAGUGUUUUCAGCAUUCUAUUCUCUCCAAAUCGAGCACCAUGGAUUCUCCCGUCUAUGGUGUCUCCACCAAGCUCUUCUUCUCCGCCUUAGUCAUAUUCCUUUUCUUUUCUCCUACAACUGCAUUGCUGCAAAACCCAUCUUCAAAAUCUGGCCAAAUCAACUCUAACUCUGUACUCGUUGCUCUACUCGACUCGCAUUACACUGAGUUAGCUGAGCUCGUCGAGAAAGCUCUGCUUCUUCAGACUCUCGAAGAAGCGGUUGGAAAGCACAACAUCACCAUUUUCGCGCCGAGAAAUGAAGCGUUGGAGCGGGAACUUGACCCGGAAUUCAAGCGGUUCUUGCUGGAGCCCGGGAACCGGAAGUCUCUUCAGACGCUUUUGAUGUUUCACAUUAUUCCUAAACGAAUCGGGACCGGCGAAUGGCCUGAUGAGAAAUCCGGGUCGGUCAAGCACGAGACUUUGUGGGACAACCAUGUGCACUUGACGACCAACGGUGGCUCCGGGAAGAAAACGGUGGAUUCUGCUGAGGUGAUCCGACCCGAUGACGUGACCCGACCCGACGGUGUUAUCCACGGGAUUAAGCAGCUCUUGAUUCCCCGGUCUGUUCAGGAGGACUUCAACCGGAGACGCAAUCUUCAGUCGAUAUCGGCUGUUUUACCGGAGGGUGCGCCGGAAGUGGACCCGCGGACCCACAGGCUGAAGAAACCUGCAGCACCAGUUCCAGUCGGCGCGCCACCGGUUCUUCCAAUCUACGACGCGUUGGCACCAGGUCCGUCCCUUGCUCCGGCACCGGCUCCUGGACCGGGUGGACCCCACCAUCACUUUGACGGCAUGAGUCAGGUCAAGGACUUCAUCCAGACACUACUGCAUUACGGUGGGUAUAACGAAAUGGCGGAUAUUCUGGUGAACCUAACCUCUUUAGCAACGGAAAUGGGGCGAUUAGUUUCCGAAGGGUACGUACUGACGGUGCUGGCGCCGAAUGACGAGGCGAUGGCGAAACUCACCACCGAUCAAUUGAGCGAGCCAGGGGCGCCAGAGCAGAUAAUUUACUACCACAUCAUACCCGAGUACCAGACGGAGGAGAGUAUGUACAAUGCGGUGAGGAGAUUUGGGAAAGUGAAGUAUGACACGCUGCGACUGCCGCAUACGGUGGUGGCCCAGGAGGCUGAUGGGUCUGUGAAGUUCGGGCACGGCGAAGGGUCAGCGUAUUUGUUCGACCCGGAUAUCUAUACUGAUGGGCGGAUUUCCGUUCAGGGGAUUGAUGGCGUUUUGUUCCCGGAGGAAGAGGCCGUGAAAAAACCGGCCUCCGCCGUGAAGGUUGCCACCAAACCCCGGAGAGGUAAGUUGCUGGAAGUCGCUUGUAGGAUGCUGGGAGCAUUUGGACAGGACUCGCAUUUUCGUUCAUGUCACUGAAUACAUAGAAGUAAAAAGUUGUAAACAAAAUAGAGAACAAGCAAAGAGAAAGUCAUGAAGAAAAAGGCGCUAGGAAGACUCUGUUUCAUAAACACCAUGGGGGCGGGAGGUGAUGGCAGGAGAAAGAGUUUGUUGUUAUUUUGAUAUGAAUACUGUAAUUACAUAUCUUCUUUUUUUUCUUUUUUUCUUUUUUUGUGUGUGUAAGAUGAUGAUGGUUUACCCCAAAAAAGACCUGUCUUUUUUUCAUCUUCCAGUUUUGCUAGUUUCUGCAUUCACUACCUGUGAAUCAACCCCCAAAAUAUGACAUUAUGUAUUCUUUUUGGUAUAUUGUUAUAGAAAUGGCUCUAGGGAGCACAGAUUUUGUUGUUG